AUGGCACCGCUCGACAAAGAAAUCGUCCUGAUCACCGGCGGCAGCACAGGCUUGGGCUUUGAGAUCGCCAAGAAGCUUCUCAAAGACCACCCAGACAGGUUCCACGUACUGAUCGGUGCAAGAACUCGUUCCAAGGGCGAAGCAGCUGUCAAAGACCUGCACAGCCAAGGGCUCACACACGCCGAGUUCCUCGAGAUCGAUGUCAACAACAAUGACUCCAUCGCCAAGGCUGUGAAAGAGGUCGACCAGAAAUUCGGACGCCUAGAUGUCCUCCACGAAAACGCCGGCAUUGCCCCCGACAAAGAUGACCUCAAUAAGAUUCCGAUCUCAGACUUGAUCAUGCAGGCUGUGCACACCAACGUCGCCGGCACAGCCCAGACCGCCGACGACUUCAGGCCUCUGCUUGAGAAAGCCUCGAACCCACGCAUCAUCUUCAUGUCCACCGGACUCGGCAGCCUGGGACACGCCACCAAGCGAUCCAACGCCCUUUGGCCCGCAUACUCCAGCAGCAAAGCCGCGCUGAACAUGAUCAUGCUCUACUACUGGCAUCUCUGUCCUGGGAUGAAAAUCAACGCCUGCUGUCCAGGGUUCAGAGCAACGAACCUUAACAACUACGGGCAAGGUGCACCUCCAAACCACAAACCAGGCGAGCUCGCAAAGGGUGCGAUCAAUGCCGUGCGCUUGACGUUGCUGGGCAAGGAUGGUGAGAGUGGUACCUACACCGACAUGGAUGAUGCUACGGGUGAGGUCAGGACUGUGGCAUGGUGA